CUGCACAAUCGACCUUCCCAGACCGCCUCUCCGAUCGCUAUCGCUGGCAGUCAGUCACAAUUGGCGGGGCUGGAGCAGCGGCUCACCGCGCUCCGAGCCGGCCAAACCCUUGAUAUUUUGUGCUCGGCACCCUGCAACUUUUUUUUUGGUCCUGUGCAGAUGGUUGCCAGCGAGAGAUUUACCUCCCCAGCCUCGUGCCUCUUCCCCAGUGACAACCCCGCGAGCCCGCCUUCAACCUGGCGGCGUCGUGAGAAAGAGCCCACCCCGCACCAUCCCCUCUUCUCGACACGCGAGGCUCGAGCCCGCCCGCUGAGAGCUCAAAGAUGCGGUGGCCCUGGUCCGGCUGGACCGAGAAGGAAAAGCCAAAGGUCGAGGAGCGCCGGAUCCCCGUGAGCUGGACUGACAGCCUCAAUGCCAUUGACUGGGACCACUACAAGGAGCCCAGAAACUGGGUGCCAACCCUCCUCGUGACGUCCACCGUCGUCUUCUCCCUCCACAUCUACCGCUCCUACAUGCGCCGCAUCCCCGGGACCAGCUAUGUCCGCCCAGACUACUACAGAAAGCGGUCCCUUUUUGGCCGCGUGACCAGCGUUGGCGAUGGCGACAACUUUCACCUAUAUCACACGCCUGGUGGGCGUAUAACGGGCUGGGGUUGGCUGCGUAGGGUGCCGACCAAGAAGACCAAGCUGAAGAACAAGACGAUACCAAUCCGCAUCGCCGGCAUCGACGCUCCGGAAGGUGCGCACUUUGGCCGUCCUUCGCAGCCAUACUCGGCCGAGGCUCUGGCCUGGCUCACCAGCUACAUCAACGGCCGCCGGGUUCGCGCCAAGAUAUACCGGCGGGACCAGUAUGACCGCAUUGUAGCGACCGUGUUCACCCGGAAGUGGUUCAUCAAGCGCGACGUGGGACUCGAGAUGCUGAAGCGUGGUCUCGCGACGACAUACGAGGCCAAGACAGGCGCCGAGUUCGGCGGCCUCGAGGCAAAGUACAAGGCCGCGGAGGCCUUUGCCAAAGAGCGCAAGCUGGGGAUGUGGAGUGGCAAGCCUGCCGACUUUGAGAGCCCGCGCGACUACAAGAACCGCAUGAUAGCCGAGGACGCCGCCAAGGAGAGUCAGCCGCCAGUCCCGCCAGUUGUGUGAGCGCAGUGAAGAGUCCUGACAACAUGCGUGGGCCCUCGCAUUGUGGAGAUCAAGCACUAGCCCUGGCGUAUGGAAUGUGGCCGCAGCUAUUUCCGUCGAAACAAAAUAUCUCACUUUGUCAGGGGGAGAUAAGUCAGGGUCGUUCACGUCACCCAAGCUUCAGCAGCAUGGUGAGAUGGCGCUUUGAAGCCCGUGAUUGUGAGCGGUGCGUGGGAACCGUGGCCUACAUGUAUUAUGAGCAAUGCCUUACAUAGACGACGAUUAUGAAUUAAUGAAUUUAAGCGCGAGCAAUGAAGCAGUUUGUGCCCGCCGGCCUCAAGUGAGAAGCCUUGACAGGUAAUUGUCGUUCAUGCAAGCACCCAUUCAGACGCUUCGU